CAAGCUUCCAUCCAGACACGAGCAGUAUAGAAAGGUCUACGACUUUUUGGGGUAUUUGCCGAAGCAGCCUACUCCCGCACAGGAGUCUGCUCGGAGACUAGACGCUGGUGCAGGUAGCGCAUCUUCUUCACACCUGCUUGAUGCGAAAAGGAGAGGAAACCUUUCUACCCCUACUAGAAUCCUCACACCCGGGAGAGGAUGGCAGAGUACGGAGGCAAUUAUUUUUAAUGAUGCCAUGGUUAGAGACGGGGCGUUUGGCAUUACUCCAUCAAGAUCUGAUCGCAGUAGACUGGCACCGGCAACAACUACGUCUUCGACAUAUUACAGUACCACCUUCAACACCGGGACGACUCGCACACCAAAUUAUAUGGCGUUUCCGACUAAGUCCACUCCAAAUAGUCUACAUCACCGCAAUCUGACAGCUCCGCCACGCUCUGCUAGAGAUCGGCUGAAAAUCGCUGCUGCCCAAACAGAAUCAGGCGUGCCUGGAACUGGCCAUAGUCGUACUCAUCUGUCUCCAUCCCCGUUCCGCAGACCAAGACUUUCGCCAGCAAGUACCCCAUCUCCCGAACCGGGGGUUCAUCAUACAACGUUGUUGUCACUGCCGGUUUUCAUUGCGGGACCAACAAGCACUUUGCCAAGAGUUGGAGGAUCUAGUUGUAGUACUACUCAGGGUACUACGUCAUCUGGCGGACCUGGAGGUGGAAGAGCUGACAAAGUCUCACGACAACUACCAAGGAGCCCUCCACGACCACAGGUAAGUCAAAGCCAGCUAGCAUACACACCAAUCUCUUCCUGGCGACCGUGCUCCACGAGGUACGAAAAGCUGUAUCUACCACUCUCCAUCAAAAGCCAUCAGUCUUCCCAUGAGUGGCGUAAUCCCGCUCAGCAUCCGCCACCGUCGCCUACGUCCUUUCCGAUGCGGUCAUCGUCACCACCUAAUGUCGAUAGAUGGAGACGAAGCUCAUCGGCUGGUGUAGCUGCUUCGAAUAUUGUUCGUGUGCCACCACCUGCACCAGGAGGACCAACUACUACAUCGUCUAUUAGGAGUACUACAACAAGAGGACUACCUCCAAGUAGAGGACAGGAACCAUCAGCAUCAAAUUUUUUACCAAAUGAUAGAGCGAAGAUUUUAUCGUCGCCUUCGUCUCCACGUGAAAGAAUCCACUAUUUCUCCACAUCUCCACCACUGAUUAAGAGACGCGGCAGUGGACACAAUAACAAUCUGCUUGCUGCCUCAGCUUCCAGUGGUACAACUACUAGUUUCUCCCACCUACUUCGCACCAUCGACGCUCAUACACCAUCGCCAAGAGGAUACAACAGGAGUCCAAGGAGAAGCACUGCUAUGAUUUCUCCUGCAUCUAGGGCACCAGAAGAGCGACUAGUGAACUCUCCUUUCAAUCGUGCAAAUAAUCAGAGUGGGCGUAAAGCAAAGUCAGUGACGUUCGCGCCAGCCGGUGGUGUGCACAGCUAUGAAAAAAUCUAUUUGCCUGGUCGCAGCGUGACCGAAUUGUUGCAACGGAAUCCUGACCACGGAAAUGUGAUAAAACGAACGUCUGGUACGACUGUCAUGAAUCCUCUAGAGUACUAUACGACGUCGCCGGACUACAGAGCAGGCAAGUCUCCAAUUGUACCAAAAAACAAAAGUGCGAGUAGUUUGUUGUCGGCAGAAGAGAUUGAGAAAGUGUUUGGGGGUCUUGAUCCUUUGCGCACCGUUGCGGGUAGAUCAUGGUCUACUACGGCGUCGGCUUCUGCACGCAGAGCGAGUAGUGACAAUCGAUAUACAACGUCUUUUGCUGAUGUUGGUCGACAAGUGAAAAACUACAAUGACAUCAGAAUCAGAUCCGCACCAUACGCAUACACCCCUUCUCGCUCUCGCAACUCCUACGACGAUGACAACUGCCCUGACUCGCCGCCUAAUCCAUCGCGAGACUACGGUCGACACGUCGGUUACGUGUCACAGCUCAAAGGUCACAGCAUCGCUGGGGAUCGCAGAACGCAGCCACCUCUCUUCACUGCGCCUGCCACAUUCUUGCCUCCUUCGCGAACAGACCCGAGUCCUCCGAGAGGGAACUACAGUCCUCUUAUGGUUGUGUCAACUUGAUUGGAAAUAUCUUCUGACUUAGCUCGUCGUUCUUGUAGCUCCUUGUUUUUCUCACUCGUACAUAGAUACAAGCAGCGCUCCCAUCUUCUAACUCUCUCGUUGAACUCGGCCACUAUCACUCCGAGACGCAAACUCGACUCUUCAAUCGUCGCACAAAGCACAGACUUGAUUCAACUGGCCGCCCUGUGCUGACUCUCACUCCUUCCAGCUUCUAUUCCGCUCGUAGCACUGUCAGCGCGCCUCGCUACAACCUGGCUGCUGUCAAAAGCACGCCAGAAAACCUGUUUCUCUAUGGCACCAACGUCGCUGCGCAACUGACGACAGCAAACUACAGGAGUGGGGGAGUGCCUUACUCUCCAGCUCCACCCGGAAGCAAUGUUGCUCACCUGUUCAGUACCGCUGCUGGGAGAACGCCUUCGUCACCUCCUAGGUUCUCAUCCCAGAGCCGAUUGAUUACUGCAUCACCAGACCCAGCAGCUCAUAAAAAAACGAAACAUUCCACUCCCUUCGCUCGUUACCUCCAUAGUCGUGCGGAGACACCGCUGAAAAACGGCACAGGAACCUUCGGUGGAACCCAUUGCAUCGAUGUGCAGCACAAUUUUGGGAGAGCGACAGCGUCUGGAACAGCACCACGUCACGACUUCGAUCAUCAUUAGGGCUUAUUAACGCCGAAUAAACUUAUAUAUUUAUAAAGAACUUUGACUUUCGUUGCAGCCAAAGUCAAUGAUUUAGAUUAAACGAACGACUGACUCUCUUGCCUACAACUUUAUCAAUAUCAACUUGAACUUCAUCUUUCUUUGCCCAACAUUAAACCGAAACUUCUCCCCCUCUCUUCAUCUCCGCCACGAACAGUUUAUGCGCAGGCACAAAAACGUUGGUGCGGAUUUCGUGUUUCGAUCCGAUUCGCCUUCCCCAAGCAGAAAUCCUCGUACCCAGGCCACGACAGGUGCCUCCGAAAAGCGUCUACUAACCUUUGCUUCCCCAUCAACAACGCGUCUUCAGCCUCUGUCGAGGUAUGUGUACUAAGGCACAGCGACAACACGGCUUUUGUUCUCAUAAGAUUAGGAUUUAUGAACACCGAUGUAGUUUGGGCUCGUCAUUAUAAAAAACGGACUUAAUUUAGGGUUGGGAGUUGACAUCUCUAUUGAUAUGAGCAUCUCUAUGGAGGUUUCUUCAAGUAGGAAAGCCAUAGAUAUGCGAGCUAGAGCGGUCAACUUUCAACCCCUAACUUAAUGGCGUGAAGCUUCUACUUGUUCUGUCACUGUAACUCACAAUCUUGAGAAAAACUUAGAAAAAAUAGAGAUACAUUACACGACACUGGAAAAGUUAUCUUUUACCACACUUAAAAACCUACUUUUCAUGAUUAUCAUUAUCCCACGCACAUCAUUAGACACUAAGAAUACAACAGAAUAAGCAAAAAUCAAAUUCAAAAUCAAUAUCAAGCUAUAUCAUCUUUUUCGAUCUUAAUCGCGCACGCACUUCUGCUCUUGUCAUUCAAAUUUCUUUUUUAUUAUGAACCAUAUAUGUUAGUGUUACUCUCAUUUCGACUUGCUACAGGGCUAAAGCUGUCUCAGCUGACGAACACGACUGACAUAUUCUUUGCACAGAACAACAACGAACUAUCAAAAACUUCCAAAUCAUUUGCAUCAUCUCUUUUUGAAUAUAGUUGUGGUACCCAUUAAUGUAGCACGCAUCUACUUGUUUACUGAAUAAAGACCUCCAACGACGAAUGUUCAUGAGCUAGACUAGCUUUUAUUUACCAAUAAAGAGUCGAUGAACCUCCUGGACUACGUGAAAAUAAUCACCACGACGAUCAUGUUGUCAACAUGAAUGCACCAAUUACAGUAGUACUUCUAGAUUCUUAUCCACCUCUUCAUUUCACCAUCUGAUGUGAGACCAGGACUUCGAUGUCCACGAUCCGAAAGGAACGAGAUAUGUCGACGUGUUGAG